GAAUCUGUAGACACGAAUCGAACGGGUCGUCGCCGCUUGUUUUUUUCGAAAGUCCGGUUUUGUGUAUUGUGCGUAAAGACCCGCUCUAAGAAAGAAACGUGUUCUAGUGCGGUUUGUUCAAGCUUCUUCGUUUUAAUAAAGUCGAUGUCUGUUUAAUUUUCAUGAUACUGUCGUAAAAUGGACGAGCCGUGGGAUUUCGAGCUCGUGUCCCGGUUUAUGGACGGUGUGAUGUCGUUCCUCUCCGAGUUCGUGGAAGAUUGGAUGGCCAAUGAUAUGAGGGUAGCCAUAUUUAAAAUACUGUUCAGCUGGCUCGUUUUAAGCCUCGUCGCCAUUCAUUUCGCAUGGAAGGUGUACGGAACCACUGUCAACGACAUGUACUACAGGCAGGGUAUUGGCGGGCAGAAUGGCGGGACUCCAGAUGCUGCUCCACACCUCGGCGGCUGGGAGACUGCAUCGGGAGAUGGUUUUAAGACUCACCGUGAGUGACGGCCAAGAUUCCAGGUGGGCCCGCCAGAGGAACUGCAGCAACUCUCCUGACAGAGGAGUGAGGGGGUUCUUCUGGAUUCCUCGGACAAUUUAGUUCCUGUCAGAUGCUAAUCUGGGAGAUCUGACCCAAAUCAUUGGGAGACCAGUACCAACUGCCAUCUACACUGACCUCCACUGGUUGGAGUCUGGAGCUCAGGUUCCCGACUCGCUCCCGGUAAACUCAGUAAGUCAGGUUGUGUCUGGUCUGCUUUUCAGGGAGAGGGUUUUCAUCUGGACUGGGAGGGCUAGCUUCAAACCAUAAUUGAGCCUUAAACAGCCUAAGGUUGAGUCUUAGAACCCCCCCCCCCCCCCCCCCCAAAAAAAAAAAUGUUAUUGAAGUGUUUUUUUGUAUAUAUUUAUUUUUUUCUCAUGCUAGUUGGUUUCUAUAAUUGCUCAUUUGUUAUAUCCAGUCUUAAACCAGAGUGAUUCCAUUACAAGCACUUCAUCUUGAAGGAAGUUUUCCCCCAUUUUCUCCUUUAUUUCACACAUCUCGUCAUAAACAAAAUUAAGUUCACCAGCAGGUGCUUUAAUUUGGCCCAUCUUGAGAAGAGACUCUUGAGUGGAAAUAAGAUUGAACAGUAUCCCAUGACAGCAGGACUGUGACUGCGUUUAGCGUUAUAAACUUCUCCAUCUGGCUACUCUCCAUUCUCCCCCAACCCAGUUUACUUUCUGGCAUUUCUUUCUCCAGUGAUGUUCAGUUUAAUUUGAAUGUGUAAUAAAGGUCUUUAAUUCAAA